GUUGAGUUAGCGGCGGAAACGCGCGCUUUGGCAAUAUAUAUAUAUAUACGUAUAUAUAUAUAUAUAUAUAUGACUUAGGGUGUAUUGUGAAAAUUAAUGAAUGAGUGAUGAAGAGCCAGAAUAAGAAGUUUAUGAGCCAGAAGGCUUAUGACAUGGGAAAUAAAGAAGAGAAAAGAGAAGGAAUAGGCUUUUUUGAUUUGUGGCGCUUUUCGACAUUGAUUGAGAGGUCAGCUACAAUCCUCGGCGCCGUCUUUGGCUUCAUCUGCUCGAUAUGUCCUGUGGCUGCGGUCAUUGUGUAUGCUGAGAUCACAGCCCUGAUGAUCAAGAGGCACAAUGAGAAGAGCGUGGAAGGAAAUACUAUUGUACUCAAUGUGUUCGGCGGGGGGAGAGACGUAGGAGAGAGCAACCGCACCUCCCAUAUGGACGCGCUAGUGGACGACUCCGUGUCCUACUUGAUAGUCAGUGUGAUCAUUAUGGCGUUGCAAAUCGUCACAGCAGCUACAGCCCUCACUCUAACAAACUGGGCAGCUGGAAGGAUGGCUUCUAGAUUACGGUUCAAUCUUCUACGCUCUGUGUUGAGUCAAGAAAUCGCAUUCUUCGACACAAACGCUACUAUGAAUUUUGCAACUACUUUAACAGAUGACGUAGAAAAGCUGAAGAAUGGGGUCGGCCAUCACGUGGCCAUUACGACGUACUUGGCCAGCAGCGUGGUGGUAUCCUCGGUGGUCGCGUUGUUGUACGGAUGGCAACUCACACUGGCGGGGAUGGCUGUCAUUCCAGUGGCUUUAAUAGCAGUCAGCACUGUAACCAAGUAUCAAACCCGUUGUUCUUCUGACGAAGUGUCUUCUCUCGGAACAGCUGGUAGGAUAGUGGAGCAGGCUUUAUCAGCUAUUAGGACGGUACGAGCUUACUCCGGCGAGCACGUGGAAGUCGACAAAUACUCCAAAGCCCUGGCUCCAGCCCGUAAGGCUGCGAGUCGCCGCAGUGUUUGGGCUGGCCUGGGCGCUGGUGUUGGCUGGUUCCUCACUUUCUUAAUGAACGGAGUGAUCCUUGUGUACGGAACCGCUCUCUGUGUGAGAGAUGAGGAAGAAGGACAUUAUCACCCAGGGAUCAUGAUAACUAUCAUGUUCUGUACGUACACGGCAUCCCAGCACAUAACGCUCUGCAACCCUCACAUAGAAGUGAUAUCACAAGCAAAAGGAGCUGCGAAAAGUCUGUUCAAGAUUCUGGAGAGGAAGUCAAAGAUCAACGCUCUGGAAGACAUCGGAACAAAACCUGAAGGCUUCAAAGGGAAUAUUGUGUUUGAUAACCUGUACUUCAACUAUCCCUCGAGACCUGAUGUGAAGGUGUUGCGAGGUCUGUCUCUCACAGUAAAUGCAGGUGAAACAGUAGCUCUGGUUGGCGGAUCCGGCUGCGGAAAGUCAACCCUGCUGCAACUGCUGCAACGAGCGUACGAACCAGACAGCGGACAAAUUUUCUUGGAUGGACACAAACUGGACAGUUUGCUCUUGCACCACUAUAGAAGAAGUAUUGGUGUUGUCGGCCAAGAGCCAGUACUCUUCAGCGGCACCAUCCGAUACAACAUAACAAUUGGACUUGAGAAUGUGUCAGAAUCUGACAUGAUCAAAGCUGCUCAGAUUGCGCACGCGCAUCAAUUUAUCACUAGGCUUAGUAACGGCUACGAUACGGUUCUGGGCGAGUGUGGAGCCCUAUUGUCGGGAGGACAGAAACAAAGGAUCGCGAUAGCUCGAGCUCUGGUUAGGAAUCCAGCUGUGCUGCUCCUUGAUGAACCUACUUCAGCUCUGGACCCAGCCUCGGAAAGACAGGUCCAAGCGGCUUUGGAUUCCGCCAGUGAAGGCAGGACCACGCUAGUCGUUUCACACAGGCUGUCGACUAUAGUGAAAGCAUCCCGAAUAGUUUACGUGGAACAGGGAGCUGUUCUGGAACAAGGAACUCACGAAGAGCUGGUGGAGAAGAAGGGCGCCUAUUGGAAACUGUUGCAGGAAGACAUGACGCACAGAAGUUUUGCCAAUUUGACAGCGGAAGAUGUGGACGACGAGGUGGUGGAAGAAACGACUAACAAAAGAAGUAAAGUCAGGAGAAACAGCAGUAUGUGUUCCAUUAAAACAGUGAAUUCUCUCCGUGAUAGCAUCAUUGGUGGUAAUCGACGUUUAGGUUCCAUGGCCAUACCGGAGUUACCAGAUGUGUUUUGCGAGGAAGACGAGGAGCCAGUGGAACCGGUGUCCGUUUGGAAGCUGAUAUCCUUCAACAGAGAGGAGUUACCGCAGCUUGCUGGUGGAAUUUGCGCGUCAUUAAUCAUCUGCUGUAGUUUCCCAGCGUUCGCGCUUCUUCUGUCCAAAAUGUUCGGGAUCUUCGCUGAUUCUGAUUCCGAGACGAUUCUCCAGCAAUCACAAAUCUACGCGGCUAUGUUCACGUGCUGUGCUAUCCUAAGUGGAGUCAUAACCUUCAUUCAAACCUGGCUUCUAGGUUUAGCUGGUUCAAAACUCACCACCAGACUUAGGACUCUCAUAUUUAAGAACUAUUUGGAACAGGACCAAGGAUGGUUUGACAUUCCUAAGAAUUCAGUGGGCUCGCUGUGUGCACGACUGGCCACAGACUGCGCUGCUGUUCAGAGAGGGACUGGUACUGGUUUGGGGGUGAUGCUGCAAGGAUUAGGGACCAUGAUCCUAGCUGUUGUGAUCGCUAUGGCCUACUCCUGGAAGAUAACACUCGUCAGUCUUCUGUGCAUGCCCUGUGUGACAGUCAGUAUGUAUCUCGAGAGCUGGGCGUCCAGGAAGUGCGAGGAGAGGAACAGGGACGACCUCGAGGACGCGUCAAAAGUGGCUACGGAGGCUGUACUCAAUAUACGAACAGUACACAGCCUGGGUGUUGAGCGCACGUUCCUGUCGCGUUUCUCUGAACAGUUGCAACGCUCCUCCAAGUUGUCUCUUUACAUGCGUGGUCCAGUCUACGGUAUUUGUUUAGCCAUGCCGAUGGUUGGAUACGCUCUCUCACUAGCUUACGGAGGAUACCUCGUGGCCAGCGAGGGCUUGCCGUAUGAGUACGCUAUAUUGGUAUCGGAGGAGCUCAUUUUCGGUUCUUGGAUGUUUGCGGAGGCUUUAUCCUACGUGCCAACGGUGCUCGCUGGUAAACGUGCGUGUGCUAAAAUCAUCAGCGCCUUGGAGAGAAAACCUAAAGUUAUAACGGAACCCACCGCCGUAGACGACGAUUGGACUUCCAGCGGUAAUCUGAAGUUCUCCAACAUACACUUCCACUAUCCAACUCGUCCGGAGACGACCGUCUUGAGGGGUCUGUCCCUGGACUUGCCCGUUGGUCGCACGCUGGCGCUCGUUGGACCCUCGGGCUGCGGGAAGUCUACCAUUAUGCAUCUCCUCUUGAGGAGUUACGACCCUGUCAGCGGUAAUGUCACGCUAGAUGGCAGAGACAUCAAAACGUCUCUGACGUUGAAGAAGCUGCGGAGUCAGCUGGGCCUGGUGCAGCAGGAGCCUGUGAUGUUCGAGAGGAGCAUCAGGGAGAAUAUAGCAUACGGUGACAACACCAGGGAAGUACCGCUGCAAGAGAUAGUCACGGCAGCACAGAUGGCCAACGUUCAUACCUUCAUAGCUGGCUUACCGUCGGGUUACGAAACGGUUCUGGAAGCGGGUAGUGCUGCACUGUCUGGUGGUCAGAAGCAGCGUGUAGCAAUCGCCAGGGCUCUCAUCCGGAACCCCCGAGUAUUACUGCUGGAUGAGGCGACUUCCGCUUUGGAUGCUGCCAGCGAGAAGGUGGUCCAAGCUGCUUUAGAAGUGGCGUCCAAAGAUAGGACUACCAUUAUCAUAGCUCACAGACUCGCCACAAUCAGACACGCAGACCUUAUAUGUGUAUUGGACAAAGGUGUGAUAGCUGAGAGUGGUACACAUGAAGAACUAGUUCGCAAACGUGGUUUGUAUUGGGAGUUAUUACAACAACAGGGACCGAAUGGGGCGUGACGGUUAGUGAAGGUUCGAAGUGACGUGUAGUGACAUCUGUUGACAGAUCGGGAGCGUGACGAUUGAACCUAAAUCAUUUAGUAUAUGUACAUAUAUAUAUUACGCAGAUAUUACGCAGCCCAUUAAAAAUAAUAUUAUUACAAAUAAAAACGUUGACAGAAUCAAAAUAUUACAGAUAUUCAGAGUGAACGAAGACGUAGAAUUUAUUGAGAAUCUGCAUAUAUAUAUUAUAUGGUUCUGUCUGAUAUAAUUGUAAAAUAUAAUUAACAUAGUUUUGAAAUAACUUAUUUUAUGUUUAGUAAGAAAAUUCAUAUUCUUAUAUAUAAAAAAAAUCGCUAUUUUUGAUGCGAUAAGAUCUAAAAUCCGUUUUUUUCAUUUUAAUUUCUUUAUUAUUAUAUGUUAUCGAAGUAAAUUGUUUAGAAACUUAUAAUGUUAUCAACAACAGCAUUCACUAUUUAACGUUUCGUUUGUUACUUCCGAAUGAACCUGCAUAAAACAUAUAAUUGUAGCCAAUUUUCAUGAAUCAAUCUGUACCUUAUUUUUAAAUCAUCAUUGACUUAAAGUUGUAACUUAAAAAUAUAUGUUUAUUUUUAAAAUGAACCGCGAAUAAUGUAUUGGUAGGAAAGUAUUAUGUAUUGCCAUCCGAAGAUUUAUAUUUUGGGUAGUUUUUAGUAUAAGUUUCGUUAAAGUUAUUGCUAUUUAAAAUAUUACUUAAGAUAAUUAUUAGAAAUAAAAUUAAUAUUAUACAAAA